AUGUUAAAAGAAACUAAUGAUGAAUUGGAUUUACAAAACUUUACCGAAAAUGUGUCGUUUUUAGCCGGUUGCUUUGAUAACUCGUUUACAUUACAAAGUUCUUUAAACUAUGUUAAGGAUUAUGUAGCAACAACAAAGAAUGAGCACGUAUCUAAAGAAAGGGUUUGCUUGGUUAAAAAGAAAAAUAAUCUUACGCAAUCAAAGCAAGUGGAUACAAGUGUUUUUAACAUAGAUAAUAUAAAAACACAGGGAAGUGAAAAAAGCGUAUUUAACAAAAAAUUAAGGAACUGGGGUUUGCCUUUAGAAAUAGCUAGCAAAUAUGAACAAAAAGGUAUUGUAGAGAUGUUUGAUUGGCAAGUAAAAUGUCUUUCCAAUUCAAAAGUUCUAACUGAAUGCCAAAAUCUUGUUUAUUCUGCACCAACAUCUGCAGGUAAAACACUUGUAGCUGAAAUUCUAACUAUUAAGACUGUUUUAGAGCGACAAAAAAAAGUUAUAAUAAUAUUACCCUUUGUGUCAAUAGUAAGAGAAAAAAUGUUUUACUUACAAGAUAUUUUGUCUAGCUCUGGAGUAAGAGUUGAAGGGUUCAUGGGCUCUCAGUCUCCCCCUGGUGGAUUACAAGCAGUCCAUAUAGCAAUAUGCACAAUAGAAAAAGCAAAUAGCUUAAUUAAUAAACUGCUAGAUGAAAACAACAUAUCUGAGCUAGGAGCUGUAAUUGUUGAUGAGUUGCAUUUAUUAGGAGACCCUCACAGAGGAUAUAUUUUGGAACUUCUUUUAACAAAAAUAAAAUAUGUCUGUUCAAAUAAUGAUAGUGUUAAAAUACAAAUAGUUGGUAUGUCUGCAACAUUACCCAAUUUAGAAAUGUUAGCAAAUUGGUUGGAAGCUGAACUAUUUGUAACAGAAUUUAGGCCAAUACCUUUAGAUGAAUAUUGUUUAGUUGGCAAUAAAUAUUACGAUAAAAAUGGAAAAUGUAUUGGAUCAUUUAAUAACAGUAUAAACAUUGAAGGAGAUUAUGUGCUAUCACUAUGUUUAGAGACAAUUAAAGAGGGUUGUUCUAUUUUGAUCUUUUGCAUGACCAAAAACCGAUGUGAGAAUUUAGCACAAAGUAUUUCAUCAUCAUUUUUUAAAAUGGGAUGCUUAAACAAUGAGCAAGGUAAAAUUUUGAGAGAACAGCUUAAUUCACACAGUAUUUUAGAAGUACUAGAACAAUUGAAAAAUUGCCCUGUGGGGCUAGAUGAAAUAUUGAAAAACAUAAUUUCUUUUGGUGUAGCAUAUCAUCAUGCAGGCCUAACAUUUGAUGAAAGAGAUAUUAUUGAGGGAGCAUUCAAGUCAGGUGCUAUUAGAGUAUUAGUAGCAACAUCUACAUUAAGUUCAGGUGUGAAUUUGCCAGCCCGAAAAGUAAUAAUUAGAUGUCCAGUAUUUCAAAGACAACCUAUAAAUAUAUUGACUUAUAAACAAAUGAUAGGAAGAGCUGGGAGAAUGGGUAAAGAUGUAAAAGGAGAAAGUAUUUUAUUAUGUACUGCAGCAGAACAAAAAAUAGGAUUUGAUUUGAUGAUGGGAAACCUAGAUCCAGUCAAAAGCUGUAUUGAGAGUGAAGAUAAAUUUAUGAGAGCCACUCUUGAAAUGAUUGCAAGCCAAGAAAUCUGUACAAAAACUGAGUUAGAUUUUUAUACCAAGUGCACAUUACUUUUUGUACAAAGUGAUGUUCCUUCACAAAAAUUUUUGCUUGAAGAUACUUUAAAAAAACUUAUUAAUUUUGAAUUGGUAAGAAUACAAGAUGAUGGUAAUGAAAAAAAAUAUGUUGCAACUUCAUUGGGAAAAGCUUGCCUAUCAUCAUCUAUGGCACCAAAUGAUGGCUUAUCAUUAUUUUGUGAGCUACAAAAAGCGCGGCAGUGCUUGGUACUCGAAACGGAUUUACAUUUGAUUUACUUGGUGACACCAUAUAGUGUUAGUAACCAGUGGAACAAUAUAGAUUGGUUGCAUUUACUGAACCUUUGGGAAUCUUUAACAGCGGCUAUGAAAAGGGUUGGAGAGUUAGUUGGUGUGCAAGAAAGCUUUAUAAUUCGUUGCUUAAGAGGAACAAAUAAUAUGAACAACAAUCAGAAUAAAUUAAAUAUACAUAAAAGAUUUUAUACAGCACUAGCCCUACAAGAUUUAGUAAAUGAAGUGCCUUUGUCAGAAGUGGCCUGUAAAUUUCAAUGCGCACGCGGUUUCCUACAAGGUCUGCAACAAUCAUCAGCUACAUUUGCAGGAAUGGUCACAGCGUUUUGCCAUCAGUUAGGAUGGAAGAAUAUGGAACUAAUUAUAUCUCAGUUUCAAGAUCGUCUUCAAUUUGGCAUACAUUCAGAACUACUAGAGUUAAUGAAAUUAACAUCCUUAAACGGUGUACGAGCUCGCACUUUAUUUGAUGCUGGAUUUGAAACAAUCGCUAGUAUUGCGUCAGCAGAAGUAAAUUUAAUAGAAAAUGUCCUGCAUAAGUCUGUACCGUUUCAAAGUGAAAAAGAAAGAGAAGACGACGAUUGUGCUGAUGUACGAAAGAGGAAUAAAAUACGAAAUAUUUGGAUAACGGGUUGUUGUGGCUUAACAGCUAAAGAGGCAGCGGAAAAUCUUAUUUUAGAAGCAAGGAGAUAUUUAGCUCAAGAAAUUGGAGUAACAGAAAUAAAAUGGAAAGAUACAAAAUUAAGUGAUCAUAGUACUUGUAAUGGUAGCAACAGUGAAGCAAUCGCAAAAUGUAACGAUUUUGAAAGUAUUGGCGAGGAAAUAAAUCAAAAUGGAAAUCAUAGUGAAAAUUGUAAUAUAUCUAAUGAAGUAACUAAACAAUCGGACAUAAAAGAAAUGAAAUCAAAAGUUAAGGAUACAAUUUUUAUCAAUAUUAAUGAGAAAUGCGAAGAUAUUAAAUCUCAAAAUUUAAGCAAAAAAUUAUUAAUUCAACCAUGUGAUAUUGUAGCGAAUAAAAAACGGGAAACCUUUUUCAAGAAAAAUAUAUCCAUUGAUAACGAUGAAAAUAAAACCAUCAAACCAAUAAAGGAUACGACCAGUAAAACUCCAUUGUCUAUUGAAAAAGAAGACAUUGUUUGGGAAUCAUUAAGUUUUACAGAAGCAGGCUUAGACAAUAUAUCUAAAUGUCGAACUUCAGAUAAAAUUUUUUCACCAAAUAUAAGCUUUGGCGAUACUUCGGAUAACUUAGAUAGUAAUGAUAAAAAUAUUACGCCAUUAAAACCUAUUUCUUCUAAAGAUGUAAGUUUGUUUUCGUCAGAAGGUGAUAAUUCGAGUGUAUUUGAUGAUAGUUUACCGGUUGAUUUAAUACCUAACUCUUUAAUAGAUCAUGGAAAAAUAGUACCGGAAAGUAAAAAUAGUAAUAAUAUUGAAAAUACUACUAAUUUUUUGGAUAUGAAUUCUAAAACGAUAUUAAAUGUUUUUAAAUCAACUUUGUUUGAAAUAGAUGAGGAUGAAGAUAUAAAAUUAGUAUACGAAGAUGAAAAGAUAAAUUUGGAAAAUAAUCGUUUAAACGAAAAUGUUUCCCAAGAAAAUGAAAUAGUAAAUACUCAAGAAUUUGAAAUAACUUGUUUAAAGAAGAGUUUUAUCAGUCCACUUAAACGACAGGCACAUUUUGGCGAAGAUUAUUCGCCGACGUUGCCUAAAAAAUUGAAAAGACUACCUAAAAAGCAUAAUAUAUCUAAAAUAAUUAUAAAUUCUCCUAAAUCAGAGCAAUUUAUUAUGAAAUUUGGAGAAAACACUGUCAAUUGUCACGUUUUGCGGGAACACGAUAUUAUCAAAAACUUUACCUGCAUAGAAAAAUUGAAAGAGCUAUCAAUUUUAUUGGAUACAAACUCUAAAUCUAUAAAAGCAUCUGAGGCGAUAGGUAGUCAUAUAAUAAAAAAAAUUAUGGGUCCUCCAGAAAUCACACCUAUUAAAGAAGAUUUACCUAUUAGAGGGAUAGCAUUUUGUAUAAAUCGUAAAUUAUGUCUUUAUUUGGAUUUAACUACAUUAGGGAAGUUAAUAACGACAUUUAAAUUUAUGUUGAGCAAUUUUAUUUGUAACCCGUUAGUAAAAAUGGCAAUGUUCUCUUCAAAAUCCAAUUAUAACCAUAUACGGAAAUGGUUAGGAAAAGAUAUAUCAUCCGCAUGUAUUGAUAUAACAUUGUAUGAGUGGUUAUUGGAUAGCGACGAAAAAAUAUCAAAGAUAAUCGAUUUGGCUAAAAAGUAUUCCGGUGUUGACUUAUUAAAUAUUAAGAUAAAUGUCGACGAACAGAAAAGGACUUAUAAUAGCUUAAAUGCGAAUGAACUCUUUUGUAUUAAAGCAUGGUGUGUGUUAUCAAUAGCAGAAGAGCAAAAUAAAUUACUAGAAAAGUAUCCGUUUAUGAAAAAUUGUCUAGAUACUGAAGCCCAUGUAUCGAAGAUUUUAGCGAAUUGUGAGUUCCACGGCAUUGCUGUCGAUAAAGACCUUGCGUCAAAACUUCUGAUAGAUGUGAAAAAUUCACAAGAGAUUCUUCAGAAAAAAGCUUAUAAGUUAUGCGGAUACCAUUUCAACUUUAACUCGUCUAAAGAUGUUGCGAAGGCUUUAGGAUUGUACAAAGGACGUAAGAUAAGUACGAAGAAAAGCGUACUUUCCGCACAUAAUAGUCCAAUGGCUAGCAUUGUGAUCUACUGGAGGAAACUUAACUCUAUUCUUACUAAAACCCUGUAUCCUUUAACUGAGCAAGCGUAUAUAUACAGUGCCGAUAAUAGGAUAAGCCCGUUGUACACUAUGUACACUUGCACCGGCCGAAUUAGUAUGCACGAGCCGAACUUACAAAACGUUCCUAGGACCUUUUCUAUACCCCUAAAAUAUUUAUCUACAAAGGACACUGAACUUUCCGAAGACGUAAUAGAGUUCAACUGUCGAAACGUUUUUAAAGCAGCGCCGGGCUACGUUUUUGUGUCAGCUGAUUAUUGUCAGUUGGAAAUGAGAAUUCUGACUCACUAUUCCAAAGAUACGGUGUUAACUAAGAUUAUGAGCACGAAUAUAGAUGUUUUCAAGUCGAUUGCAGCCUCUUGGGGCGGUGUUCCUGAAGAUAAUGUCGAUGAUGAUUUACGUCAGAAAGCUAAACAACUGUGUUAUGGUAUACUUUAUGGCAUGGGGAAUAGAACCUUGGCUCAGCUCUUGGACGUCAAUGAAAUAGAAGCUGCUAUGUUUAUGGAUACGUUUUAUAAGACUUAUCCUGCCAUUAAGGGAUUUACUCAAAAUGUGAUAGAGGAAUGUAAGAAAAAUGGAUACGUUGAAACUUUGAUGAAGCGUAGGAGAUAUUUACCAGAUAUAAACAGUAAUAUAAUUUCAAAACGAAGUGCAGCUGAAAGGCAAGCCGUAAGCACUACCAUUCAAGGCUCAGCAGCAGAUAUAGCUAAGGCGGCGAUGUGUGCCAUAGAUAAAAUUACAAACUUAGAUGUAGACAAACCCCGUCUUAUUUUACAAAUGCAUGAUGAACUAGUCUACGAAGUCAAGGAAUCUCAAAAAUCUAAUUUUAUUAAAGUUUUGAGAAAAUUAAUGCAAGAAACAGUGCGUUUGAACGUGCCUUUACCCGUCAAACUGAAGAACGGCUACACGUGGGGCACGAUGGAAGAAGUGAAAUUU